UGACACUAGUAAAAAAAAAACAGCAGACACAGACAAAUUUGUCAAUCAAUCAAUCAAUCAAUCAAUCAAUCCAUCUUGUGGGGAUCACUUGCCUUUUGUGGGCAUGAUUGACCCGGCUGAGUGUACAGCAGUUGAUCGGGUGGAUGUGCAAAAGCUACGGUCAGGGGGCUACACCAUUUGGAUUUUGGGCGGCGGUCAUUGUCAUGAGGCACGCAGCCGUUUGAUGGUGAAGCACCCUCACGUUGACUUCUAUAAGAGGUAUGUUUGCUAUGUGUACGUGGGACUUACUGUUGAGGAGUCGCUGCUGGUUGGUCAUGAGCAUAACAAUGCAGCAGGUUAUCACAAGAAAUUGACUUUCGUUCAGAGGAUGCGCUGUUGGAGGGAUGUUUUUGAAAGGAUGGGGUGCGAAAAAUCGAAUGAGGUCAAAAGGGCAUGUUUGGAGGCUCUUGGUAUCCCGGCUUUUUCAUGGAACCAGAUUGGUCCCUGGGAUCCUCAACUUCAAAUUUGCAUGAGAGGGCCACAAGUUUGGGGUUUGUUGUCUGAUAUUUUCACUUUGUGGGAGGAGGCAAAGAUCAAAGAUGUGAAGAUGAAGAAGGGCACAGGCGGUAAGGAGGUCAAGUCUCUUGAGGUUGCUGAGUCGAGUGCAUCUGGCAGUGACACAGGGAAGGGGAAAAAGGGUGGAAAGCCAGUGAAAAAGACUAAGAAAAAUGAUUGUGAGGAGCGCCUUUCUCUCAUGGCACUCAAUCCUCUUAUGUAUGUUUCUGAAAAGAAUGAGAUAGUGAGUGAACCUGUAGAUAUGCCUUACAAGCCUCUGUUGGGCAUGGCUGCGCUCGAUGAUGCUCUGGUGGUCCCUGUCCUCACAGAAGUUAAGAGUGGGGUUCUGUCGCUUGAGGAGAUGAACCACCAGUUCACGCUUCUUAAGGUUCGUCAGAGGACAGUUGCGGCAUUUGUGGAAGGGGUAGGGGCAGGCAGUUGGGAGGCUGCCAAGGAGGAGUUCCCUGUGCACACGCAAGAGGCUAUGCUAUCUCAGUACUAUAAGUUGUAUGAGAGAAAUGUCAAGGAGACUCCUCUUGCUAUGCAGUUGUACAUUGCCAAGACCCUUUACUACAGGGACAAGCUGCGACAUUCGCAGCAAGAGGAGCAGACAGCAGCAACAGAAGAUCCUGAGGGCCUUCUCACAAACUGGACUGCUUUUGAGGGGGAGGGCUAUAAGGGAACUGUAAAGGUGGCGCACUGCGACAUGCUUCAGCUACCAGAGAAACUGGAAGACAGACUCCCUUUCACCUUGUGCAUUAUGGACUUCCCAUGCGGCUAUAACGCAGAGGGUUCUGUGGAUGAUGAGGAGCCGUUCAGUAGGCCUCAGAUAGAGGGCACCAUUGCGAGCUUCAAGAAGAUCACAUGUGCACCAUAUUGGGUCAUUGCUGGUUUCUGCUCCUCUGACAUGCUUGCUGAUGUGAAAUCUGCAUUUUCAGAUGCUUGCAAUUGUGGGGUGGAGGUGGGCAUUUGGGUUGCUCCCAACAUUAGUACUUUUGCAGGUCUCAAGCUCACGAACUGCUGGCAGCAUUGUGUUCUUGGUUUCUACAGCCAGAGCGGCUCCAGGGAGCCCAUUCAGUUCCAGUUCAGCGACUCUGACACGAGGAUGACCUGUUGGAGUCACAAUGCGGUGGUGAAGAAGUACACUUUUGCUGCAGACAAUGAGAUUCUGUGUCCCUACCAGAAACCGAUCUCCUUGUAUGAGUAGCUCAUCAAGAAGUUUUCUGACCUGAAUGACUCAUACAUAGUGGAUGUUUUUUCUGGAUCGGGGACUGAAGCGAUUGCAGCACUGCUGUGCAAACGAAA